AUGCGUAUUCCAUCGGGAUGCUCAAAUUUAGAGACAACGACCAUUGUUGAUAAAGUAAAAGGAUUGAUAUUCGGUGCUAUUUUAGGAGAUAGCUUAGGUUUAGCCACCGAAGGGUUAUCUCGGUCAGACGUCCGAGAGAUUUACGGUAAGGGUCCUAUACGUUUUGGCAUGGGUGAAGAUGGUCUACCUUUCCAUCGUGAUCACUAUAGAUCAAAGUUUGACGAAAAUGACUUUGGAGAUGACGCAGAACAAAUCUUAUUAGUCAUGGAAUCCUUAUUAGAAAAUAACGGUCAUUUCCUGUCCAAAGACUUUGCUUUUCGAUUACGAGACUAUAGCGAACACGUAUGGAAGCAAAGGAGUAAUUUGAAAGGAGCCAGUGGUGCUCUCGUGAGAGCACCUUUAUUAGGCGCUCUGAAAUUCUGGGACGGUACCACCGUUGUAGAAAACACAGCGGACUGCUGCCGUGUCACUCAUCCUGAUCCACGUUGUAUCAUCUCAUGUGUCAUUGCCUCUACUCUUAUAGCCAGGUAA